CGAGGGUUGCCAUAACGCCGCAGGCGUAGUGCUGCUGCUUGGCGAGCUAAUGGCUAAACGGAUUAGGUGCGUAGACAUGGCUGGAGAGACCGAGGAUGAGAUACCUGAAUCGGGAGCAGUCUUUACUUUUGGCAAAAGUAAAUUUGCAGACAAUAUCCCCAGUAAAUUUUGGUUGAAGAAUGAUGUUCCUUUAAAGGUAGCGUGUGGAGAUGAACAUACAGCGCUAAUUACAGAGAAUGGAAAGUUGUUCAUGUUUGGCAGUAAUAAUUGGGGGCAGCUUGGCCUGGAAUCAAAGAACAGUGUGAAUAAGCCUACCUGUGUGAAAGCCUUGAAGUCAGAAAAAGUGAAGCUUGUUGCAUGUGGAAGAACUCAUACACUUGUUUACACAUCGUGCGGUAAUUUGUACGUGGCCGGGGGGAAUAAUGAUGGCCAGCUCGGUCUCGGGGACUGCGAGGAAAGAACUUCAUUCCAGCUGGUUGACUUCUUCACCAAAGGACAGAUUAAAAUGCUGUCAGCAGGCUCCAACACAUCUGCUGCACUUAUGCAGGAUGGGAGGCUGUUUAUGUGGGGUGACAACUCGGAAGGCCAAAUUGGUAUGGGAAAGGAGGACUGUGCUUGGACCCCCCGGGAGCUGCCUACAGGGAAGCAAGUGGCCUGGGUUUCCUGUGGUUACUACCACUCUGCCUUCAUCACAGUGGAUGGGGCUUUAUUUACGUUUGGAGAGAGGGACAGCGGAAAGCUGGGGCUCUCCUCAGAUCAGCUGCCCAAUCACAGAGUUCCUCAGAGAGUGGGGGGCGUGUCUGAACGUGUUCUGCAGGUGGCUUGUGGAGGUGGCCACACGGUGGUGCUCACAGAGAAUUGCCUGUAUUCAUUUGGCCUGGGUCAGUAUGGCCAGCUGGGUCAUGGCACCUUUAUUUUCGAGUCGCGAUCACCCAGAGUGGUGGAGCACUUCAAUAAGGGGAGAGUGAAGUACAUUACAUGUGGAGAGAACCACACAGCUGUGGUCACAGAGAGUGGUCUUCUGUACACCUUUGGAGAUGGCCGGCAUGGUAAGCUGGGUCUUGGAGAGGAGAACUUCACCAACCAGUUCCAACCAACGCUCUGUCUUCGCUUCCUCAUCUACGAAGUGCAGUCUGUUACAUGUGGUGGAUGUCACAUGGUGGUGUUAGCCAAACCUAGGGUUAAAGGGUCAAAGGACAUUAUCCUGGAGGACGGUGACAUCACAGAGAACUACAUGGAGACAGCCAGCACGGAGCUGGUCGGGCAGACAGGAGGCCAACUCAGCCUAAGCAGAAGCCUCUCUGCCCGGGUUAGACGCAGGGAGCGGGAGCGUUCUCCAGAGCAGUUUGGGAUGAUGUUCCGAACUCUUCCACCUCUUAGUUCUGGUUAUCUCAGUGAGUCUCUGCCUGUUUCCAGCCAGACCCUGCCCCCAUGUCUGCACCCCACAAGACUGCAAAGCAAGAAGAAUGGUUUUACUAGCUGCACAGGCAGGGUGAUAACUGAGCAAGUUGAUGGGAAAAGCUUUCCAGAUGAAAACAGUGGAGACAUUGAAAGUGUUAAGGAUUUGGGAGAAACAACUGACUUGUUAAAUUUGACUCAUGUAAUGAAGUUGGAUCCAGGUGACAAGACUCUUACAUUGUCUCCUGUACAGAAGAAGAAGGUUAUGGUUGUGAAAAAGUACAGUAAGGCGGUGGGACAGCCUACACCAAGCUCUGCCUGCUCUGAUAAGCAGGCGGGGCUUAUCUCUUACAAGGCCCUGCCCACUGAGUCACUGAGGAGCCCCAGUGACGAGUGGCUCCUGGCGGAUUCUCCAGUUGCCAGCUCUCAGGGUGGAGUCUGUGAGAGGGGGAAGGCUUUCAUAACUCUGAAGGAAGGCAAGCCUAUACAGCACAAAACAGUGAGCAGUAGUGCUCCAAGAGGGGCCCAGACACCAAGCUUGGCUGAUCUUAGCAGAGUUGGGUCUAUGCCACUUUCACCUGUCCACACAGCCAGGCAAAGUCAGCUGAUAAAUACUGAGAGGAAAACUCAAUCAGACAUUACAGAGCGAAAAAGGAAGACCCAGCUGAGCCAAGAAGACGUGGGCAGGCCUGGAGAUACACCAAAAGCCCAUUCAGUCCAUGAAAAACAGGUAGAGAAAUCAAAACUCUCAUGUGAAGAGGAUUCAGGCAAAGCCCGAUCUGAAGCUCAGCAGAGGUCAAAGGCCAAAGGUCAGCAAAGAGGCGCUGAAGAGAAAGAUAACCUGAUGAGGAGGAAGCCUGAGGAAUGCCAUCUCAAACAGGCUGCAGAUAAUAGUCAAGCACUUUCAGGCAAACAGACACCUAUAGAGACACCCGCUAAAGCCACGCAGAUGAAGCACACACCAGGAGAGCCUGAGAGCAGUGUGAAAAAGCAGAUGAGGAGAAGAGUAGAGGUGCAGCGCCAAUCACAUUAUAGCACUGCUGAGCCACACACACAGUCAAGGUCAGGACAUGCUGGAAAAGGGAGGGAUGUCAGCAUUAGUAGCAGAGAGCUCACAGAAGCUCACACACCUACCAAGAAGACCAUGUCUAUAGUACCUGAGCCAAAUCCUCUGUUUUCUGAGGCCAGCAUGAGAAGACAAAAUACAGCAAAAGGUCCAUCCAAAGCUCCUCUCACUGAUUCUGCAGCAGGAGAAAAUACAGCUGACAGCACAGUGUCCAGAUCGGGAGCCCAAUCAGAGUGUGUGUGGCACGAUAGUCCCCUCAGGGUAAACUCGUUAACCCAGGUCCUGGAGAGUCCUGUGUGCCUCAUGACAGAAGCGUCCAUCAGCCACUUCCAAGCACCAGCUAACAGCUCCUCCAAGCCUGCUUCAUACACAUGGCCCAACGGGAUCACAUCAAACACGCCCAAUGGGCGGACCCUCUCAGACACCUCCUCCAUUAGUGACGAGCCGAGACAAAGGACAGCAGUACCUGUCACUGCCAUACUAGAACCCAGAGGGUCACACGAGGACUGGGAGAAGAGCAUACCUCAGUACCAGUCAGGAAUCAACUCUAGCCCUAACCCUAGCUUAUCAGAGAGGGCUGGGGACCGCAAGAAGAAAAGAGGAGAGAAGAGGGGGGAGGAAUCUGAUCAGUCUUCACAGGAGGAAGUGGAGCAAGAGGGGAGAGGAGGAGUGGAGAGGAACAGCGGUAUGUGUGGUGAGGGAGAGAGUACAUUUCUGAGUGAUGUGAUGGAGGAGGAGGAGGAGGAGGAGGAGGAGGAGGAAGAUGACACAACUAUGAGAUUGUCAAGCCAAGAGGAGCCGAGUGAGGGAGAAGCAGAGAGAAGUAGAACUGAGACAGAGCCGGAAGACGAGGAGGAAGAGGAUGGGAGCAGUGACAGAGAUGAAGAAGAUAUGAGUGACACAAGUAGAAAAUAUGAAGAAGGUGAGGAUGAGGAGGAAGCAGAAGAAGAGAGCAAAAUGAGUGAGGUGGAGGAAGGAGAGAGUGGUAAAGAGUCUGGCAGAGAGAUAGACAGCCAGAGCAGCCAAUCGGGCGAGGCAGAGUCCGAGGAGAUCGAAUCAGAGGAAGAAGAUGAGAAAGAAAGCAGCAAAUCAGAAGGUGGCAGUGAGGUGGAUAGUGGAAAGGGGGAGGAGAGUGGGGAAGAAGAAGAGGAGAGUGAAGAGGGAGAGGAGGAGGUGUCAGAAGCAAAGGAGGAGGAUGAGACAGAGGAUGAGGAGGAGGGGAAUGAAGGUGAAAGUGAGGAAGAAGAGGGUGAAGGAGAUCCAGCAGAGGAGGAGAGUUGGGUGGAAGAGGAAGAGAGCGUUGAAGCAGAAGGUGUGGAGGAGGGAGAAGAGGAGAGUAGAAGUGCUGAAGAGGAAGAGUGUGUGGAGGAGGAGGAUGAAGAUAGUGAAGAAGAAGAGAAUGAAGAAGAAGAACAGGAUGAAGAGGAGGAGGAUGAGCAGAAAAGUGGUGAUCAAACAGAAAAGGAGGAGGAGGAGGAAGAAGAAGAAGAAGAAGAAGAAGAAGAAGAAGAAGAAGAGGAAGAGGAGUGUAGGAAGAAAGGAAAAAAGAAUGGAAAGAUGGCUUCAUCAUCCACAUCAAGGAGAGAAGGCCAAAGGGCUGAACAGUCAGGCAAACGCAGACAGGAAUCGGCUAGAAAAGGCAACUCGCACUCCAAAUCCCAGAAGCCUCAGCAGUUCUGGGAUGAUGUUCUACCUCAUUACCUUAACUUAAAAUGACCGCAGCGUCAGCCUUCCACUGUGCCUUCCUCUUUGUGUCAUUGAGUAUGCAUCUCUCAUCUUUUUAUCUAAUGCCAUUUUCACCAGUCUCAUUCCAAAUUACGUUUAUGUCUUCACUUUGAAUAUUAUUUGUUAGUUAAAGCUUUUGUAAACAACUUCCCUUUCAUCAUGAGAAUCUUUUGAAAUAUCUUAGGACCUACAAAAUAUUUUAAAAAGUAAACAAGUCUUUUUGCAUGUCUUGUUUUUGUUUAAUUGGUGAAUGAGUCUUUUUUUCAUGUCUUGGUCCAUGUAGUUUAGUUGUUUUCCAGUGUUAAUCUCCAGUAUUAUUAAAGCAUAUAUGGUAGCCUUAGAUUUGUAUAUUUGUUGUAUUUGUUUAGCAAGUGGUAGCAAAAAUGUAUUCAUAUCUUACAGUCUGAGUGACCUUGUCUCUUAUGUUCUGUAUUGAUAUCCUACAGUCUGAGUAACCUUAUCUGUCUCUUAUCUUCUGUACUGGUGGCAGGGGUAGCUCAGUGGUUAAUGUACCUGACUAGUAACUGGAAGGUUGCCAGUUCAAGUCCCACCACUG